CGCGCGCACAGCGCUGGGAGAAAGAACUUGAUACAGAAAUCACACGGACCAACAGUUUAGGGGUGGUGAAAUUUGUAACCUUGUUGCAAGUAUCUUUGGCGAGUGAUAGGAGCAAGUGAGAUCACCGAGAUCUCCCAUUUGGAUAGAGUUGAGUUGUUGGGCAAGGAUAGCAUCGGCUCUUUUUCAGGCACAGUUCAAAUAUAUUUGAAUAUAUAACGUUAACACCCUGGAAAUGUCCGAAAACAAGCCGAAUGAUGAUCCGAAGUUAUCUACGACGGACAGGGUAGUAAAAUCUGUCCCUUUCCCGCCAAGUCACCGGCUCACAGCCAAGGAGGUGUUUGACAGUGAUGGGAAGCCCAAAGUGGACGUGCUCAAAGGCCACCUGACCAAGGAGGGCCGCGUGGAGGAGAGCGUAGCCCUCAGACUCAUCGGAGAGGGAGCGGCCAUCUUGAGGGCUGAGAAGAACCUGCUAGACAUAGAGGCACCCGUGACAGUUUGCGGAGACAUCCAUGGCCAGUUCUUUGACCUGAUGAAGCUGUUUGAAGUAGGAGGGUCACCGGCUAGCACGCGCUACCUUUUCUUGGGCGACUACGUCGACAGAGGAUAUUUCAGUAUUGAAUGUGUGCUGUACUUGUGGGCCUUAAAGAUCCUAUACCCCAAAACACUAUUUUUGCUCCGUGGGAACCACGAAUGUAGACAUUUAACAGAGUAUUUCACAUUUAAGCAGGAAUGUAGAAUUAAGUAUUCAGAGCGGGUGUACGAUGAGUGUAUGGACGCCUUCGACUGCCUUCCCCUGGCUGCCCUUAUGAACCAGCAGUUCCUGUGUGUACACGGAGGACUUUCCCCAGAAAUCUCAAACCUCGACGACAUCAGGAAAUUAGACAGAUUCAAAGAGCCCCCUGCGUACGGGCCCAUGUGUGACCUGUUGUGGUCAGACCCCCUGGAGGACUUUGGGAACGAGAAGAGCCAAGAACACUUCACACACAACACAGUGAGAGGCUGCUCCUACUUCUACAGCUACCCCGCUGUCUGCGACUUUCUACAACACAAUAACUUGUUAUCUGUCAUUCGAGCCCAUGAAGCACAGGACGCUGGGUACCGCAUGUACAGGAAGAGCCAGACGACAGGGUUUCCUUCUCUCAUCACCAUCUUCUCAGCACCCAACUACCUAGACGUCUACAAUAACAAAGCUGCGGUACUGAAGUAUGAGAACAACGUGAUGAACAUCAGGCAGUUCAACUGCUCCCCUCACCCCUACUGGCUGCCCAACUUCAUGGACGUCUUCACCUGGUCCCUCCCCUUUGUCGGGGAGAAAGUCACUGAGAUGCUGGUUAACGUGUUAAGCAUCUGCUCCAAUGAUGAGCUGACGACAGACGAGGAGAUCGAUGGUGCCACAGCCUCUGCACGCAAGGAGGUCAUCAGGAACAAGAUCCGUGCCAUUGGCAAGAUGGCGAGGGUAUUCUCUGUCCUAAGGGAGGAGAGUGAAAGUGUGUUGACACUGAAGGGGCUGACCCCCACCGGCAUGCUGCCCAGUGGAGUGCUGUCCGGGGGCAAGGAGAAGCUCCAGAAUGAAACCACAGGUAUAAUCUGUUGUGCAAGUAUUCUGUCAGCAGUGUUUUGUGAGAAUAUUGUAGAAUUCACCCUCCCAUGUUGAAUUCCAAACACUCCCAAAACCAGUCUGACGAUCGAUCGAUCUCCUUUACGUGACAGACUAGCAUUAAAAUAUGCUUUUCCACAGGGAAGACAUUUCUUCCAAAGAUGAUGAGUCAAAUUGAAUAAUCUACCCACAGAAUCGGGCUACAACAUAGCCAAUUUAGAGUUUCUAUUUAUGUUCUAUAGAACAAAAACGUGGACCUUGAUUUUACAAAUUGUAAGUCAUUUUUAAGAAGUCAGGGAGGCUAAGGAUCGACUACGAUUCAGAUGAAUUGGAAUUGACAUAAAAAACUGUGGAUGUAAGGGGAUCAAUAUUGUCCACCUUGUCAUCCACAAACAAGGCAGAAAUCCAAACAACUUCACUCUCCUCUCUUCAGGCUCUCUUGGUCAGUUUGUCUCCUCUGUCAGUUUUUCUGUCAGUUGUUUUAGUAUGUACAGUGGUUCCUCCUUUAAAAGUUGCGUCAUACUGCAGCACACCUUGCGGGCUGCUGCAGCAUUCUAUGGCACGUUAUUUAAUUGUCAGCCAUUUUUUACAUUAAUGCUAGUUUGACCACCAGAGGGCAACUUUGAGAAGCAUUUGAUAGUCUCCCAUAUUGGCAUUACUAGAGAAUUUAAAACAUUUUUUGUAAUAACAUAGUACAUGGGAUUGAUUGUAAGAAAUUUGGCUUAAUUCAUUUGAUUAAUAUCAUGGUGUUUCUAUUCCGGGAAAAACUAAACCCUCAGGGUUUCCGUUAGGAUGGAAUGGAAAAUAUUGCGCUGUGCAACGUGACGGUCGGGAGUAGGCUACAGCAUAAGAGGAUUGUAGAAAUCUAAAUUAAUAUGUAAGGGGCAUAGCAUUUCCACACCUUAAUUGUAGUGUAGCCAAUACUCAUUUUGCCUAUGGUAGGCCUACAGUAUAUCUACAAAUAUUUAUUUCAAUGACGUGACUCUCCGCCAAUAGGUACAUUUAGAGGAUUGGAGGAUUCUAAAUUAAAUAUCUAAGGGGCAUUUUCCAUUAGGAUCUGUGAGGAUAUCUAAGGGGCUUUUAUAUAAUUCUAAAUUCAUUAAUAAUAAUCGCUUUGUUUAAAAAGUAACGAUAUUUUUGGGAUUCCGUUUUAUUUAACAUAGAGUGAGCGAGACAAAGGCUAUUAUUGAACAUUGGGUGAGCCAUUCUCACUCAUUUGUAAAUAAAGCCAGUUUGUUAUUUAGAAUUAUUUAUUUCUGGAGAAACAUAACUUGAUUAUUUAGCAGACAUCACAUGCUUAUAUUCAGUCAACACAUAUAUCUUAAGAAAAUCAUGGAAUAUAAUUGAGCGUUUUCGUUUCUCCAUGCUUGUUUCAGAGCAGCGCGAAACAGUGCAGAAAUAGACGUCCACAGCGGGAAGGCUAUGUAUAAAGAUAUUUUGGAGAUUAUUUUGUUUUAAAAAAACAACAGUGAGCGAUUGUAAUCUGACUAAAGGCCAAAAUAAUAAAGGCCAGAAUAUAGCCCUGCUAAUAGCCAUAAUGACGCUGUACAACGUGACCAUGUGUGUUUAAAAUAGUAUUUUCCCGUAAGCAACAAUUUGUUUGCCUUCAUUAGACAAUUUUGUUCCAAUAUUUCUGUAAUUCAUUGAUAUUUAUUCCCAUAGUAAUUCAUUAAUUAUUAAUGAAUCUUUAUGGAUCCAUAACUAUGUCAACAUCUGCAUUUUGAAAUAAUAUUUUUAUCAUUAUUUUAUUAACGAAAGCAUAAAGAUGCUGAUGAAGAAAUACAGUACUGCACAGUAUAUGCUUUUACGUUUGGAUAAUAAAGCAUUUAAAGCAUUUUGAAGAUAUAAGCCACCUGAAUUUGUUUAUUAGGCUACUGUGCAGUCUGACAAGUAAACAUAGCCUACAAUACAUACUGUAGUAAGCAUGGGAAAGUGCCUAAUUCCUUACAUAAGGGAGAGCAGGCCAUGUCCAGACUUUUUCUCGGUGACCUCAAGUACCUUCAAUAAUGACUGUACUAGAGAAUGCGGGCACGUGGGAGAGCGGGUUUCAAUUCCCCGACAGGGAGGAAGGAGUAGGCUGUACUUGUAAAUAAGAAUUUGUUCUUAACUGAUUCCAUAUGUGUUAUUUCAUAGCUGUGAUGUCUUCACUAGUAUUCUACAAUGUAGAAAAUAGUAAAAAUAAAGAAAAAAUGAGUAGGUGUGCCCAAACUUUUGAUUGGUACUUGCUUAAUUCAUUUGAUUAAUAUUAUGGUUUUUCUAUUCCAAGGAAAACAAAAAACCCUCUGGAUUUCCGUUAGGAUGGAACGGAAAAUAUGGCUCUCUACAACUUGGCAGUACCGUACUGGGCUAUUUAGCUAAAGAAUCUCCAUGUCGUGCAGGCAGGGCACGUGGGAGACCGGGGUUCAAUUCCCCGAUGGGGAGGAAGGAGUAGACUGUCCUUGUAAAUAAGAAUUUGUUCUUAUCUGACUUGCCUAGUUAAAUAAAGGUUACAUUAAGAGCAGAACAUUUCUGCAUCCUCAUUUUUUUUAUUCUAGUCUAACCAAUACCCAAACGGAGAUUAAGUGAAAAUAAAAAUCUCAUUGAUUUAUCAAGACCAGUACCCAUGCUUGUCUCAGAGCAGCGUGAAACGAUGCUAAAUUAGUUGUAGGCUAUUGCUUCUAACUUCAAUAUGCUCUUUAAAUAAAUAAAACUAGGAUAGGCCUACAGUAUAUUGAAAAAUAUAAUGUGACUCUCCGAGGAUUGGAGGACAUUUCUAUAAUUCAGUGAUAUUUAUUCCCAUAGUAAUUCGUUAUGGAUCCAUAACUAAAUAUACAUUGACAUUUUGAAAGAGUAUUUUUGUCAUUAUUUUAUUAAUGAAAUCAUAAAGAUGCCAUUAUUAGUUACAUUGUUUUAGUUUGAACGUGCAGACUGGUACUAAGAACAGAACAGUGGGAACGUUUCCCUAGUCAGCGCCAUUAUUAUUGCAAUGCCCCUUAAAUAUUUUCAAAAUUAUUUAGUUUUCAAAUAACGUAAAAUGAGAGAGAAAAAGGCAGAGGAAAAGGCCAUUCUUGAACAUGGGGUGAGACAUUGUUACUAAUUUGUAAAUAAAGCCAGUUUGUUAUUUAGAAUGAUUUAUUUCUGUUUUUAGAGGGAGAAAAACCAAAAACCUACAGUCAUCUCAUGGGUCUCCCAGUCGAGGCCAGCACAGGUAUUGAACCUGUAACACAGCUUGCACUGCUACAGUAUGCAGUGUCUUUGACCGUUGCACCACUCAGGCGCUGUACAACGUGACCGGUCAGCAGUGGCCUACAGUACUACAGUAUGAGCAAAAUAAUCCUAACAAAAUAAAAUUAUAAAAACCUUAGUCUAGCAACAGUUUUAAUAAGUAAUACUGAAGCUGUGCACAAUUAUCAGUUUCUAUUUAGGUUUGCCAGUUAGAGACAUAGUAGGACCCAAAAACAUAAUCAGUGCUCUAACUCCCCCUUGUGCUGGUCUGGAGCAAUGAAGUGGUGACGCAGGGUACUGUACUAAACCACAAAUGACCUCUAAGUCCUGCGGUGUAAGCUAGCAAAUUUUAAAAGAGGAACCACUGUAGACCUACAGAGUAUUGUUUUCUAACCUUUACUGCUCUCAUCUGACACUCUAUUUCUGGGUUCACUAUUUCUGGGUUCACUUUUCCUGAAGUUGACCACAGAAAUUCUACAUGUUUGCCCUCUAAACAGUAGUCUAUAUCUCUAUCUCAAACACAUGCACACACCGAUGCAUAUACCGCUAUUGUUGAUUCGGACUGCAUAGGAGCAACCAUGUAGUUCCCAGUGAGGCAACGAUGUGCCAAAGCCAUCCAAUGGAGAGGCAGCAGCGAGGAGGAGCCAUUUUGGGAGGCAGAGUGACGUUCGAGAGAUUUUCUGUCGCGGCAUUGGUAGAAUCACAGCUCACCAUAGGCUCCUAUUGUUCAGACAGUCUGCAAUGUGCUUCUACCGCAAUGUUGUGCAAUCCAUCAACCACUUGGUUUCAUUUGGACCUCCUUAUAACUUACCUGUGUGUGUACGUCUCUCCUGUGCAUUAUGUACUGUGUUAUAACUCAAUAGCAACACACACCUGUUCAAGUGUAGAGCUGUAGCCGCUGAGUAUUUCUUUAUUUGCAGUGCAACUCGUACCCAUUUAUUUGUCUGUUUGUGCACCACCUGACUACAGAGUCAUUUCUGUAUUUCUGGUGAUAAGUGUUGCUAUAAAACAGAAGGAUUUGUACGGUAAGUGGUAAGUGUAUCAAAGUCCUGCAAAUGUUUAAAUGCAUCAUGGCGUCUGCUCUGUUGACGGUUCAUGUCAGAAGACGUGGCUGCGCUACAGUUCUAGAUAGCUGUUUCCGAGAACAUUUGAAGAGUUCUUCACCAUUUUCUUUUACUUUUACUCUCGGUGGUUCAGUUGCAGCCGCAUUCUUGACUUUGGCAGAGUUGUCUCUGUUUUCACUCACACGUCUUUAUGUACUGUACCCCAACUCCUGUUAAAACACCCCUCAUGUCAUCCUCGUCCAAGUGUGUAGUAUGUUGGGUGAGGAUACGUCAGACAUCCACUGUUCCCCUUUGAUAAUCACUAUUGUAACCCACUCCAGUCCUACUUGUCACGGUGUCCCCCUUCCAGACGUCCAUUGUCUAUAUUCGUCCAGCACCGUUUCUUGUCCGUUUGUCAAACACGGGUGCCUUUUUUUACAAAGCUCAAAAUACCAGCACACCACGCAUUUGUCUACAAUGGGUAUUUGACUGGCUCCAUUCCGUCUAUCCCCUUUUUUGUUUCCUGCCCCCUUCCUCCUUUGUCCGUCUUAACACACCCGCCUAGUCCCUCCUCCUCCUCCCCUCUUUUUGCUUCCAUCCAUGUGUUGCCUCUGUCCCAAAAACAUAGAGAGUUUUUUUUAACAUUGUUGUCUUUGCAUUGGCUCUCUCUUUUUGCUGCUCAUUGACCGGUUGG